AUGCAAACGGGGAGCGACGACAAGCAGUGGGGAACAGAAGGUUGGCUCACUACUUCGUUGUGUAUGAAAUACAUUUGGCGAAUUCUUUCAACUGCAAGCGAUCAAUGUUCUGUAAAUGCACAAAUCAGUUUGCGUUCAUAUUCGACUCCUGAACAAUACGACAUCUACUUUAUACAAAAUAUGGAUAAUAGCUCACCUGACACUAAUUGUACCGUCGUUUCGCUGGAGAAUCCACAAGGUGUGAAGGCGGAAAAGAGACUUCUGCGAAAACGUGAGACCAGCACGGAUGUCCUUGUAGAUAUGGGAUUUCAGAGAGAAAACAGCAACUGUCAACUGCUUGAAAUUGCCCGCAACCGAAUGCAUAAGGAAUCUGAACGGAUUCAAUAUCUUUCGUUGGACGAACUGACUUCGGAGGCGGACGGAAUUCGGAGAAAUGGUGAUGCAAUUGUGAGAGUGUUAAACAGCAGUGUGGGCAAAGUGAUUGAUUUGCUUAUCAUCGGAUCUGAAAAGAAUUCUCACGAUAACGCGAAAUUUGUCCUUAAAAAAUUCAAUGAGAACUCUGAGGUUGCGGUCUGUCAGAGAACUCUUGAAAAAAAAUGA